AUGAACGCGUGCCAGUCAGCAAGAUUUCGAGGGAAGAUGACGAAAUUCUUGGAGCGCAGUCCCCUUCAAAUCGCAAUGUGCGUCCUUGUGUUGGUGGACGCCGGCGUUGUCGUCACGGAGAUCCUCCUUGAUUUGCACGCCAUCAAAAGUAAGCAGAAAGCAGCUAUCGACAGUUUGGACAUGGCUAUGGAUUUCAUCUGGGACCGAUAUCCAAACGAACUAGCUGGUAAGCUUGCAUGUAUGUAUGUAUGCGACACCAUUCGAUACGAUACGACACCAUUCGAUACGAUACGACGCCAUUCGAUACGAUACGACACCAUUCGAUACGAUACGAUACAAAUAUUUUUAACGCUGACAGGUUACGAGAGUCAUUCAGUACAGAGCACACUAAAACAUCUGAUUGGAACGUUUCAUAACACUGAUAACAUUUCAUACCACACCUACAUCAACUACAAACACAACAAACACAACGGCAGUUACGAUUGUCAGUUUUGUUACAACACUUGCAACAACAACAACAACAACAAAAAUGCCUACCUGAGUAUCUAUCAACCGCACGACAAAUUGGACUACAGUCUCUAUAACAAGACGUUCUUCGGCGAUGAUAAAAAUUACACCAAUUUCAAUAUUUCUUUCAUAUGCAACAAUGUGUGUUUUAACGCCAACAACAACAACAACAAAAUUGACAACGACAGCAACGACAGCAACUACAAAAUUAAAAACAUCAGCACUGAUAAAACUUUAUAUAACAACAGAAACCUUAACAAUAAAACAUUAAACAACAACAACAACAACGACAACGACAGCAACAACGAAACAUUGAAAAACAAUAAUAUAAACAAAUCGUUGUUCAGUAGGACAAUCAUUCAGAAACGAUCUGUACUUUAUAAAAUUUCCAGUAAAUUGAACAAAGCAACUUUUGAAGGUUCCCAUAGCAAUUUUUUAUCACCAACAAAUUAUAAAGAACCUAGAAAUAGCGGCAAAAAGCAAGUUGAUCCUAUCAACAAACAUACUUCUUUGAAGUUAUCAACCUUGAAACGAAAAUCUACCACCACCACCAACAACAACAACAACAAUAAUAACAAAUACAUCCAUAACAUCAACAAAUACAUCAACAAACGUAUACACAAAAACAGUAAUGACAAAAUUAGCAUCAACAACAUUGACAGAAACAACAGUAGCAAUGACAAUUUUUAUCAAGACAACAACAAUGACAAGCAGAUGGUUGACAAGUCUCAAGAACACAUCAACAAUAACAACAAAAACAUCAACGACAACAACAACAACAAAAACAAACUUUUCAACAUUUUUUAUGACAACAAGCAGGGUUCUAUUGAUUCAGAACACAAAACUCUUGUUAAGAGAAGUCCUCCAGAUGCGAAAAAUAACGCUGAUGAAGAAACCAACAUUCACAACAACAACAACAACAGCUAUGACAAUAACAACAACAACAACAUAAACGACAACAACAACAACUUACAUUUUGUUUUUGUUGACGAGAAUGGCGCCAAAAACAAAGAAAACGUCCAGUACAAUAAAAUCACCAAAGAUAAAAGCAGCAACACAAACAACAUCAACCACAAUAACUCCACCGCAGAAAAUAACAGCAACAAUAACAACAAAAACAACGUUAACAAUGACAGUGACAACAACAAAAACGAUAGCAAUAACAUUAACAUUAAUACAGAUAAAAGAAGCAACAACAACAACAACAACAACAUUGACAACAACAACAACAACAACAACAUUGACAACAACAACAACAACAUUAACACAUUAGACAACGUCAACAACGACGACGCAACCACCACCACCACCACCACAGACGACCGCGACAGCGACUACAGCAGCGCCACAAAGCAGCACUUCGUAUACGACUCCCAUUCGGAAAAGUUGAUAAAGAUCAUUCACAUGCUUCACUAUGCCAGCAUCUUCAUCCUAGGCAUAUUUGUCAUCCAGGUAGUUCAUCCUACCAAUCAUACCCUCUUCUUGUUCCUAUUCGUUCCAUUCUUUUCCUACCCUAAAUUCACUGACACUUAA